UUCACAGUCAUUUGAGAGCGAGUCUACGAGAAGGUUGUUGAACGUGUAUUUUCGUAGUUUUUCCUUUAAGACCGUGUAGUGUAGACGUAAUAAAUUCGGUACAAACAUUUAUCGUCGUGUCGCUGAAACGUUUGUUUUAAAAGACAUUAUUGGAUUAUUUUGGAUUAUAUUGUUUUUCGGAAGUUUCUUUUCGGACACAAUGCGUAGAGUGUAGAUUGCUGUGCGUUGGAACGUUAUGUAAUUGUGUGUAAGACAAAUAAGAAACGGACAUUUAAAUGACUGAAUAAAUUACUUACCAUUGGUCGUGUGUAUGCGAAAAGAAAAAUAAAGAAAAUCAACCAAAAUAAAUAUUUGUGCUUUGUGAUGCUUUGACCAUCGGUGUGGCAAUAAAUCAUUUAUUUUUCUUCCGAAAAAAAAACUCAAACGAAAGGUGUCCCCACCCAAUUUUAAAGGAAUUGAAUAAUCCACAAAAUCGUUUGUUGGAAACGUAAACGUUUACAUAAUAUGUGCAAAAACAGUUAAAAAAUAAUGAACUCAACUCCCGAGCAAAAACCAAGUUCCAGUUGGUUUUCAUCACUGCGCCGUCAAGCCAAACCAAAACCACCCAAAAACAAUGGCAAAGAAAUGCAAAAAAGCUGUCUCGAACUGUCAACCAUAGCGAAAGACAAUACAGCCGGAAGUGAUCCGUUGAAAAUCCGACGAAAUCAGAUAUUUUCACGCCAUUACGAAUGUCCAAAUGCCACAAUUAGCAAAACUAUCGAAAUCGAUCAUGUUAAACAGAUCUCGGAAUGUGAUAGAAAUGGUGACGAUGGAAAAAGUAACAAUGAGAGAAGUCGCAAUGGUUCGACGGGUGAAUAUAAAGUUACUACAACUACCACCACAAAGGUGAUUCAGACGACUGUUAUAACAAAGCAAAGCCAUCGGGUCGGAUUGGUGUUUAAUGAUAGUGGUGAAUUGAUAAGUAACCUGGAUAGUUUACGCAAUUUAAAUAGCAACACAAAGUUUAAUCAAUUAGUCAGUGCGUGUAAUAAUAACAAUAACAAUAGUGCUAAGUCGAGUAUAUUGGACGAUGACUUUGAUUUCAUCGAUGAUGUUAGUCAGAGCGGUAGUGAGAGCCAUAUCAGUCGAAUGCAUUCGAAAACCAAGUGCUCUACUUGCCAUAAUCAAAUUAAGUCGAAAUCUGAUUGGAAUCUUAGUGUGAAUAAGAAGCAAAUCAAAGACGAAUUAUGUGAAGUUGUUGCGGAUAUGGAAGGACUAGAUUCGCAAGAGGACUGCAAGCAUUCCAACAAAGAUAAACAAAUGUCAAUAGGACGGAAAAAAUUCAAUAUGGAUCCAAAGAAAGGUAUAGAAUAUUUGUGCGAAAACCAUCAGCUCCAAAUGAACGCCAAAGAUAUUGCACACUUUUUGUACAAAGGCGAAGGCUUAAACAAAACGGCUAUCGGCGAUUACCUGGGAGAAAAGAAUGAUUUCAACGAACAAGUUUUAAAAGCAUUUGUGGACCUGCAUGAUUUCACCAAUCUGAUUCUCGUACAAGCAUUAAGACAAUUCUUAUGGUCAUUCCGAUUGCCGGGCGAAGCGCAAAAAAUCGAUCGAAUGAUGGAAUGCUUUGCCCAACGUUAUUGCCAACUCAAUCCAGAUAUUUUCACAAACACCGAUACAUGUUAUGUACUUAGCUUCGCAAUCAUCAUGUUAAACACAUCACUCCACAAUCCAUCCGUAAAAGAUAAGCCCACGUUGGAUCAUUUCAUAUCGAUGAAUCGGGGUAUCAACAACGGUGGUGAUUUGCCGCGUGAAUUGCUAGAAUCGUUAUACGAAUCAAUUAGAACCGAGCCAUUUAAGAUACCGCAAGACGAUGGAAAUGAUUUGAUGCACACGUUCUUCAAUCCAGAUAAGGAAGGCUGGCUAUGGAAACAGGGCGGAAGAUACAAAUCGUGGAAGCGACGAUGGUUUAUACUGAAUGACAAUUGUUUAUACUACUUCGAGUAUACGACUGACAAAGAGCCUCGGGGAAUCAUACCGUUGGAAAAUAUUUCGGUGCGAGAAAUUCAAGACAGAAAUAAGCCUCACUGCUUCGAAUUGUACGCUUGUGGGGGAGCUGAUAUCAUCAAAGCGUGUAAAACAGACUCUGAAGGAAAGGUCGUCGAAGGUAAGCACACAGUGUAUCGUAUGUCAGCCGCAGCAGAAGAGGAUAAACUGGAAUGGAUUAAGUGUCUGAAGCAAUCCAUAAGCCACAAUCCAUUUUAUGAUAUUUUAGUACAGCGUAAGAAAAAAGCUUUGGCCAACAGUUAAUGAAUGUAAAAAAAUGUCCAACGAACAAAGACUUUAUUAUUAUUAAUAAUUAUUAAUAUUGUAAACUAUAAAACAAUUUAGACAUGGAAAGUAAUUCAACGUUGAACAUUUUGUGAUAUGGCAUUAUUCAAAAACGAGAAACCGAAUGAUGAUGAUGAUGAAGAAGAGGAAGAAGAAGAAAAUUUAUUCAUUUUUUUAGUGAAAUUUAAAAUAAAAUAUUUUCAAAAAGGUUAUGUGGCACUGGGUAGUGGUGCUGGUGCCUAAUGAAAUAAAGUGAGAACACACAGAUUCUGUCUAUGAUAUCGUAUACCGUAUUUCCAAUGUUUUUCCGACUCAGACCCUUAGCUUAUUUAUUAUAUUUUAGUAAUCUCUCCUCCAAACAAAUAAAUAAAUUUACCAAAAAAAAAGCGAAACAAAAUCUAAAAAUGAAAGCAAAAAACAAAUCAAACGUGAAAUGAUGCGAACAAACCCUUUAUUUGAGACUGACGAAUAUUAAUCAAUUUUUGUUGUGUUGUGUACCAAUGUUACAAUUUUUUAGUGCGGUUUUUGAAAAACGAACUUAUGGAUAUGGGGGAAAAAAGAAAAGGGAAAGGGGGUCGAUUUAUGCGAUAAACAAUUUCUUUAGUUUGCCUUUUGGAAUAAAUGGUCGUUAUCUCUGCAUGUUGUUUGAGAGGCUUUUAAAGAUCAAUGUAUUAAACAAAAACAAAUGCUCGAUAUGCUUAGAAGUUUAGUUUUUCUCUUUUGAAUUUUAGUUUUUUUUCUAUAAAUGAUUGUAACUUUGUUGAAAUGAAAUGAUUUAUUGUUGUACAUAGUGACGGAGAUUAAGUUAAUUGCUAUAAGUGAAAAGAAUGUUGAAUCCGCAUAAGCAUACACAUUACACAUAUUGUAAAAAAAAACAUGAAAAUAAACGACGAUGUAAUACAAA